AUGAAGCUCCGCAGCAAGGCGGCGGCGCUGCUCCUGCUCGCGCUGGCCGCGCUGCUGCUGGCGCUGCUGUCCCUGCGCGCCGGCCGCUCCGAGCCCCCCGCACCGCCCGGGCACCCCGCGUCCGCCCCGCAGCGCCACCCUGCGCCGCUUCCCGCGCGCCCGCCGGGGUCCCGCGCCCUCCCGGGGGCCCGCCCGCGCGCUCCGAGGCGCAGGCCCCCGCGUCCGCGUCCCCGAGCCGGCCGCCGGGGCGCCGGCAGCCUGGACAAGUUGGCGAGGAGGCCCGGACAGCUGAGGAGCGUCCAUGCUGUCCUGCCGCCUGAGCUCUGGAUCCACCUGGCCGUGGUGGCCUGCGGCAAUCGGCUGGAGGAAACACUGGUCAUGCUCAAAUCAGCCGUGCUAUUCAGCCACAGGAAGAUCCAGUUUCACAUCUUCACUGAAGACUCUCUGAAGCCUGAGUUUGAUAAGCAGUUACGACAGUGGCCUGACUCAUAUACAAAGAAGUUUGAGCACAGGAUCUACCCCAUCACCUUUUCUGUUGGAAACCCUCAGGAAUGGAAGAAGUUGUUCAAACCCUGCGCUGCCCAGAGACUCUUUCUUCCGGUGAUUUUAAAGGAUGUGGACUCGCUUCUCUAUGUGGACACUGACGUCCUCUUUCUGAGACCUGUCGAUGACAUCUGGAAGCUUCUGCGGCAGUUCAACUCCACCCAGCUGGCAGCCAUGGCCCCAGAGCAUGAAAUCCCCAAGAUCGGCUGGUAUAGCCGCUUUGCUCGCCACCCUUUCUAUGGCUCUGCGGGAGUUAAUUCAGGGGUCAUGCUGAUGAAUCUAACUCGGAUAAGAAGUACCCAGUUCAAGAACAGCAUGACUCCGACAGGCCUGGCUUGGGAGGACAUGCUGUACCCGCUGUACCAGGCGUACAGGAACGCCAUCACGUGGGGGGACCAGGACUUGUUAAAUAUCAUCUUUUACUUCAACCCAGAGCGCCUCUACCUGUUCCCCUGCCAGUGGAACUACCGGCCGGAUCACUGCAUGUACGGGAGCAACUGCCGAGAGGCUGAGCGCGAGGGCGUGUCGGUCCUGCACGGCAACCGGGGCGUCUACCACGACGACAAGCAGCCCACCUUCAAGGCGCUCUACGAGGCCAUGCGGGACUUUCCCUUUCAAGACAACCUCUUUCAGUCCAUGUACUACCCUCUCCAGCUAAAGUUCCUGGAGACGGUGCACACUCUCUGUGGACGGAUCCCACAAGUUUUCCUGAAGCAAAUCGAGAAAACCAUGAGGAGAGCUUAUGAGAAGCACGUCAUCAUCCAUGUGGGCCCUGACCACACGCACUGACCGUCUCCUCGAGUUCCGGGCCCUCAGGCUUCUGUGGCCAAGGAAGUGCCCAGAUCUUUUUCUGUGUGAAU